AUGGCCAUGACACUUGCGCCAUACAACAAUGCCAUGCGCUUGGGAAUGGGGUUCAACUCCUAUACCCAACAGCUAUGUGUUAAUGAUGCCGUGAUAAAGCCAAAUCACGUCAAAGCCCAAGAAAGGGAUCUGAUCAAUCGGGCAAUAGCAUCUGGCGAGAGACCUCAGCAUCCGACUGAUCCAGGAAACGAUGGGCGAAAAACCGGAUCGGUUUCACGGACAGUCGGUGGCGUCAGCCAGACAGUGACUUGGAGCACCAAGUUUGUGGACAGUUUGAGCGAAGUUACCAAUUCAAUGAACAUCAGCGGAUCUUUGGAGAUCAAAUAUGGCUCAGUAGGUGGAAAAGGAGCUGGAGCUUUCAUCGACAGUAACAAGUUCAAGGAGAGUGACCUGGCCUUUCACCUCCAGGUCAAAGUCAUCAACCAGGUCUUGGAAGGAGAGGAUAUGACCGAGUUCAAUCCCAUCAAGGACCUUCCUUCUAACCAGUUCACCGACGUCUUUGGCGACAGUUUCAUCUCUGGAUUCAUUACCGGCGGCGAGUUCAAUGCAUUGGUCUGCUUCAAGGUCAAGGACAGGUCCAAGCUUCGCGACAUCAAGGCCAGUGCCGAGAUCAACUUUGACAAGGUGCCGGGUCUGUCAGUCAAUGCCCAAGGCCAGGUCCACAUGGAGGAGGCCGACACAUCCGCCGUCGCCGAGACCAAUGUGUCAGUGUCUUGGUCGGGAGGUGGUGAGAUCAAGGAUCCGAGUAUCAAGGAGUGGGGGGUGAAGGAGUUGAAGGCCGCUGCAAUUGAAUUUCCGGACAAGGUGGCCAAGUUCCCCCAGAGAACGCAUGCAAUCUUGUCCAAGUACACAACCUUGCGAAGUUAUCAAGUGGCCAAGAACAAAGGCAGCCCAUUGGAUUACGAGAAUGCCGGUGUAUACACUAGCGCGCUGUUGGACGCAUACACCGAUUACAAGUAUCUGUACACAUCCAUAUCUGAAGCAAUCCUGAACGUGCAAAGUAAUGGUCAUAUUAUUUACGGCAAGGAAGACACGCCCGAAAUAAAGAGCUAUCGGGAUGAGAUUUACACAGAUUACCGAGAGAAAGCUUUGAUCUACCUGGAGACGUCUUCGCAUGAAGAGAGCGAGGUCGGGAGAAGAGCCCGACAGCUGCUUGACGGUGGCAGGUCCUCAGUCGACCCCAAUGUCGUGUCCGGGAUGGCCGUGGUGAAAGUUAGCGAUGCGAGUCGCCCAGAGUCACCGAGAAUUGUGCGACCUCCUUCAAAGCCAAACCAGGUCAAACCCUAUCAUAAGAGUCUCCUGGGCCUGGAAAAGGCGCGACGGGACUGUCGUCUGGAGAUGAUCAAGAUUGUACAAGAGGUGGACGAAGUGGCCAUUGACCCUCAGGUGGCUAUAGAUCCCUCCAGGGCACACGUUUUUCUCUCGCCGGUAGUGUUCAAAAUGCUGGUUCCUUCGACGGCGCUGCCACCACGACCAUCACCUGAGGAGUUGGAAAUCCAAAGACUACACUAUGAAUUGAAGUCUAAGGAGACUGAGUACAAGGCUAAGUAUGAAGAACUCGAACAGGCAAGCUUGGCAAAGCUAGAAACCCUAGACCAGCAGCUUGAGGACAGAGAUGAAGAAUUGCAAGCGAAGCAAGAUGAGAUUGAUGAUUUAAGACCAGAUGCCCAAGCGACAAGGCAGCGUCGCGAAGAAGAAAAGAGGGCAGCUGAGGAGAAGAAGAAGCGGGAGGAGGAGGAAAUCAAGAAGAAUGCUCAGCAAGCCGUCAAGGACUUGAUCAGCAAUGCCGAGAGUGAGGCGGAAAAGCUGCGCAAGGACGUCGAGAGGCUUACCAAGGAAGCCGGGGACAAAUCCAAGGAGGCCCAGGACGCGUCUGAGGCCCUCAAGGCGGCACAAAAGUCACUCGAGGAACUCAAAUCGAGCGACACUGCCAAUAGCGACGCUUUGAAAAAGGCUCUCGAGCAGGAGAAGGCGCUUACCAAGAAGGUCAACACGUUGACGGAGCAAGAGGCGAAAGCUAGGGCUGCACAGACGAAAGCCUCCAGUGAAUUGACCAAAAAGGAACAGAAUAUCGAGCAGCUGACAGCAGACCUGAAGAAGAAGGAUGCCGAGCUGAAACAGUUGCGAGAUGACAUCAGGAACUUGAAGUCGCAAGCGGACAUGAUUGCCCGACUGCCACUUCGAGUGUGCCAAUUUGGCUCGCUGCGAUUGCCUGACCUCUUGCUUCAGGAAGUCUCCGACUUUGAAAAAUGGUCUCAAAACUGGCGAUUGGGCUACAUUGGUGGUAACCUCAGUCUCACAGCCAAGGACAAGGACGAGACCCCUGUCUUCAACUUUGGCAACAAGGUCAACAAUGCCGCUGCAAUCACAAACAGGCACACGUACAUUCCCACCAAGAUUACGCUCUACCCGAGGUCGGAUUCCAUCGGAGGCAUCAUGAUAACCUAUGCCAAUAAAUUCACCUUCCAGGUUGGACGCUUGGAGGGAUCCUACGAAUCUUUCAGCCUGAGCACCGAUGAGCGUGUCACCUGGUAUGAAGUACAGGGUAACCACAGCAAGGAGUUCGGCAAGCCUAUGGUGACAGUUCUGAAGCUGCGGACGAACAAGGGUAAGAGCUAUAGCUGGGCUGCCAAGUCGAGACUAUCUGAGGACGAAAACAUUUGGGCAGAAUCUGCUCCCGCCGGCUUCUCGUUGAGAGGGUUCUGGGGCCAAGCUGGGUGGGGGAUUGAUAGGCUAGGUGUUGUUUGGGCCCGCGAUAGCUAA